GACUGGAGUUCCCUGGGGAGCCCCCUUCCUUUCCCUUUGCCGAUGAGGAAACAGGCCCAGAGCACCUUGCUCCCUCUCCCCACUUGCCAACCUGCUCGCUCCGGGAGCGCCUGGCCCGGGGCCACAUCCCAGACUCGGGCUCUGCAUCUCUGAAUUUAGGCAGAGGCGCCUGCUGGGGUAACGGGUUCUGCUUGGCCCCUGCAGCGGCCCGGGCAGGUUGUUGGGGGCCUCAAGUCAGAACAGCGUGCAGGAGAGCAAGGGACCACGGAGAACGGGCAAACCUCGCAAGCACCUAGAGACAUUUGUCAGGCUGGACAUAGCUCCCUCCUUCCUGGCCUUGGACUUUUCUCAUUAGAGUUUAGAAAGUGAAUGUAACUAUCUAACCUACUGUGUCCCCCAUUCAACUAGAAGUAUGGAGUAUUAAAUAUGAAGAGUGCUCCAGGUUUGUGAGGAAGGAAGAGCAUUCCACACCACAGAGCCCCUGGCCAGGCCAGUCUGGCCAACUUGGGGGGGUGCCGAGGAAGCCUUUGGCUUCCCGCUUAGUCCAAAGUCCAGCAGUGCCCUUUAUCAGAAAAGACAGGCCGCCUUAAACCAGAGGCAGCAAAAGACAACUGAAGUUUCACAACCUCCAAAGGCUUUUCACCCGUCUAGAAUGUUCUGAAUCUGGAACUGCCCAUGCAGUCCAGUGUAUUUCCAAGACUCCUUGCUCCAGAUCCACCGUGGGCGCCCUGCUGGCAUCUGAGCUAGGAUGGAAAUUCUACGAUGCAGAUGACUACCACCCAGAGGAAAAUCGAAUGAAGAUGCAGAAAGGGAUAGCGCUGAAUGACAAGGACAGAAUUCCAUGGCUCUGCAAAUUGCAUGACAUUUUACGAAGAGAUGUAGCCUCUGGGCAGCAUGUAGUUUUAGCCUGUUCAGCUCUGAAGAGAAUGUACAGAGACAUCUUAAUACAAGGAAAAGAUGAUGCACCUCUGAAGUGUGAUGACUUGGGGAAGGAAGAAAAGCCAGUUGAGGUGAAGCUCCUUGUGGUCCAUCUGACUGGGUCAUUUGACAUCAUCUCUGGACGCUUACUCAGAAGAAAAGACCAUUUUAUGCCCCCUGAGUUACUGCAGUCCCAAUUCGAUACUCUGGAGACCCCAUCAGCUCCAGAAAACUUUAUCCAAAUCAAUGUGGACAAAAAUCUUUCAGAGAUAAUUGCUACAAUUAUGGAAACUCUAAAAUGAAAUGAGAAUCGUUUAUAUCAGUGGUCCAGACCCAUCAGGCGUUAACUCUGUCUCCCAUCCCAAACCAUGUUCUCUCCAGAUUCUUCUUAAGGUGAAUAAACCACAAUGUGUUGAGAUAUUGUUCAGGUGGAUUUUGGGGAAUCUGGGAGACUUUUAUCAUCAUGCUGUGGCACAUUCAGAGAAAUGGAGUGGAAACUUUGAAAUGAAGCUUCACUUAAGUUUAAAUUCAUGUGACCCAAUCAAAUGAUCAGAGAGGAACUCCUAUAGUCAAAGCUGUAAACCCUGACCUUAUUUAGAACAUUCUUGAUCAUGCUUGUACUUGGACAAAUAAAUUAAACUUGGCUAUCCUUGGCA